CCCCCUCAUUCUUUUUCUCCUCUUCCCUGGCUCCCUGUCACCAUCUGUGGAACAGUCAUUCUCUGUCACUCUCCUUCCCACCCCCUCAUUCUUCCUUUCUCUGUUGUUACCUCUUUUUCUGCAUCACUCCUUCUCUCUCCCCUUCUCUUUCUCUCCUUCCUCCUUUCCUCCUGCUCCUCAGACAUCUCUCCCUCCCUUGCUAAGCACUCCCCCUCCAUCUUGCUACCCACUCAUUGUGUCUCUCCAACCCCUUCAUCCUUUUAUACCUCAGUCCUCUCCCCCUCUCUCCUUACCGAGUUUCCUUUAUUCUCAUUGGCUUCUGAGGCUGCCCAACACCCUCAGGAGCUCUCCUUUCCUCGUGGAGGGCCUCUCCCUAAAUUCUUCCCCCCUUCACCAACAACCCCCUCUUGACUUCUUUCUCGUACCCAGGAGGCAUCUGAGAGAUGUGGGGAGAAUCGCUCAGCAUCAAUGGGAAGGCGGGGAUGGAGACCACAUGGGAGACCCUCAGCAGACAGGUGUGACCAUUUUGGGGCUAGUGGCGUGCCCCCUUGUGGGGGCACAGCUGCAUUCUGGAGACUGGGCACUGGGAGGCCAAGCUUCAACAGGAGACCAGACUUUAAAAAUCCCCUGGGUCCAGGGAAGGAGCUGUGGGAGCACCUUAACCCAAAUCGAAGGGAAUCAAGGGAAGAUGAAUCAUCGAGGGAGCCCCUCAUCUGAUGAGAAGGAUUGGAGCAGAUUGUAGCCCUCGAAGGUGACUCUGCUGACCGCCAUCUUUGCCCCUCUCCCGCUCGGCUGGCCUCUCCACCCAGCAUGGACAUCGCCAGCCCCCCUCCUCCAGCGUCUGCAUCCUCAGGACCAGAGAAUGCCUCUCUCAGCUGGCCAGAAGACUUUUUCACGGGAAACCUGUCCGUAUCCCCAGCCAGCACGGGCCUGGAUGUGAGCGGCGUACUGAUCCCCCUGGUAUACCUGGCGGUGUGCGUGGUGGGCCUGCUGGGCAAUUCCCUGGUGAUCUACGUGGUGCUUCGGCACACCGUGAGUCCGUCGGUGACCAACGUCUACAUCCUCAACCUGGCCCUGGCUGACGAGCUCUUCAUGCUGGGCCUGCCCUUCCUGGCUGCCCAGAACGCCCUCUCCUACUGGCCCUUUGGCUCUCUGAUGUGUCGCCUCGUCAUGGCCGUCGACAGCAUCAACCAAUUUACCAGCAUCUUCUGCCUGACUGUCAUGAGCGUGGACCGCUACCUGGCCGUGGUGCAUCCCACCAGGUCGUCCCGCUGGCGCACGGCUCCCGUGGCGCGGGCGGUGAGCGCGGCCGUGUGGGUGGCCUCGGCGGUCGUGGUGCUGCCCGUGGUCGUUUUCUCGGGAGUCCCGCGGGGCAUGAACACCUGCCACAUCCAGUGGCCCGAGCCGGCCGCCGCCUGGCAGACGGGCUUUAUCGUCUACACGGCGGCUCUGGGCUUCUUCGGGCCGCUGCUGGUGAUCUGCCUCUGCUACCUUCUCAUCGUGGUCAAGGUGCGCUCGGCCAGCCGGCGGGUCCAGGUGACGUCCUCCAAGCGGCGGCGGUCCGAGAGGCGGGUCACGCGCAUGGUGGUGGCCGUGGUGGCCCUUUUUGUGUUGUGCUGGCUGCCCUUCUACGUGCUGAACAUCGUCAACGUGGUCUGUCCCCUGCCCGAGGAACCCUCCCUCUUUGGCGUCUACUUCCUGGUGGUCGUGCUGCCCUAUGCCAACAGCUGCGCCAACCCCAUCAUCUACGGUUUCCUCUCCUACCGCUUCAAACAGGGCUUCCGAAGGGUCUUGCUCCGGCCCUCCAGGAGGGUCCAAAACCAGGAGCCACCCACCGGACCCCCUGAGAAAACGGAGGAGGAAGAGGAGGAGGAGGAGGAUGAAAGAGAAGCCAGAAAAGCUAUGAAUGGACGAGUCAGUCAUAUCAGCCAACCAGGCAACGGUGGGCAGGAGCAACCACCCUGCAGACCCUAUGGCAGUGAACAGAAGCCUCUCCCAGAGGAGCCACCUGGAGGGGAGAAGUCCAGCACUCUGCAGACAAGCUAUUUGUAAUCAAUGGAGCAUGACUGGGCAGGGGAACGAGAGGAACUGGAGAGAGGAUGAGAGGGAGGGGCUUUGGGGUGCCACCGAGUGGGUGGAGGGGACCAGGCAUCCAUAAGACCCAUCUCUACCCUUAGAUGAUCACUGAGGGAAAAAAUUAGGGUGGGGUGGAAAAAAGGAGAUAGAAGCCUGUGUGCCAGUGGUCAAGGCGGGAGAUAAAAUUCUGCGUGUCGGUGGCCAAGUCACUUAACCUGCGUGGCCCUCGGUUUCCUCAUCUGCAGAGUGAGAGGUAUAGACAAAAUGAUGUCUAAGAGGCCUUCUAGUUCCAGAUCUAAUGUGGCCCUAAGUGGGAGCAGGGAAGACUCAGUCUGAUUGACCAUAAGCUCUUUCCCGAGUAACUAUCCCUUAAGUGUCUUGGGGAGAGGGGACUUUUGGAUCUGGAAGGUAACAGUCCUCGACUAAUGAUCCUUUUCCUCUCCAGAUGUGAAUAGACCACAUCUGGAAUAUUGUGUCCAGUUCCGGUGUCCCAUUUUAAGAGAAACAUUGACCAGUGGUAUUGUGUCCAAAGGACAGUGGUCAAAAUGGUGAGCGGACUGGACACCAUGUUCUAUGAAAGUUGAUCGAAGGCAACUGGGUCUGAAUCUCAACUCUGCCACUUUUUAGCUUUGUGACCUUAAUCAAGUAACUACAUUUCUCUGGAACUCAGUUUCCUCAUCUGUAAAACGAGUAGGAUGGCUCAAGUGACCUCUGAAGCCUUUUCUAGUCCUUAAACUAAGGUUCUUUGAUGCAGUUACUUUACCUCUGGGCUUCAACUUCUUUGUGUGUAAAACAAAGGGGUUUGGUUUAAAUGAUCUUGGGGACAUUCAGCUCUAAAUCUGAUGAUAGUUUUCUUCAGAUAUCUUAAGAGCUAUCGUGUGGGAGAAGCGGUAGGACUGCCCUGCCUGGCCCGGAGAGAAUUAGUAGAAGUAGAGAGUUGAGGAUUGGCAAGAGACAGAUCUCAGCUCUACCUAAGAAGAGCUGUCCAUGGGGAAGACAGACUGCCUGAAGAAGGCCCCUUCCUUCUCAUUAGAGGUCUACAGCAGAGGCCAGAUGACCCCUUCCUGGGGAUGUUGUAUAAGGGAUUGCUGCCUCAGGUAUGGGUCGGUCCAAUUGGCCACUCUGACAUUUUUUGACCCCUGAUCCAACAUCCCUACCAUUCUCCGUCUGAAUUCUUCCCCAUAAUUCCUUUCUGGGGAAUGAGCAGACCUCACGCUAUUUAUUUACUGGCUGAAUCGUUUUAGGCAAAUUUCUUCAUCUCUCUGAUCAUCGGUUUACCCAUCUGUCAAAUAGAAUGGUCUAGAUGCCCUCCAAGGUCACUUCCAAAUCUGAAGUCAAUGAUACAACGACCUCGUCCAUAUUUCCUUACCUUGUUCCUCCCCUCGUUUCCCCCAAUUUCCCAUGCUCUUAAAUCCACCCAGUGUUUAACCAGUAGAAACACACCUGGGAUGGAGAGAAGAAAUAAAUCCAGUCUCAUUGGCUGAUCCAUUCGGACAUUUUUAAUGAAUGCUAUCUGGGAAGUGGGAAUCCGGGCUGUAUUCUCAACCUCUCACUUUUCAUCUUUAUCUUAGUAUUGGGGUAACUUCACUCAGGAGCCUCCUUUGUAAUCUUGGACUGAUGGCUGAUGGUAAGUGAGAUUGAGGGGAGAAGCUAGGUGAGAAUAGAGUUUGAAGGAAAGAGGCAGCUGGCCAAUCAUAAGACCCAGAGUGCAAUGAGAGGGCAGCAUGGAGGGAGGUCAUAGAACUGGGCAGGCGGACCUCCUGAAGGCCAGGCUGUGGGGUCAAAAGGUUCAGGGCUCUGGUCAUGUUCAGUACCUAGAAAGGAAUCGUAAAGCAGAGUAGGGAAAGGAGCUCUGGACUCGGCAGCUCUGGGUUAGAAUCCUGGCCUGUCAAAUAAGAUCAACCUGCCUGGCCUUCAGAUUCUUCAUCUGUAAAAUGGGGGUGAUCGAUCCCUCCCCCGCCUACCUCACAGGGCUGUUGUGAGGGCACAAUGGGAUAACAAAGGAGAAAUCAUUCUGUGAAAUCUCAAGUGUGAUACAAUGCUUCAAACUCGGAGGGCAUUUAAUAAAUGUGUGUUGGAUUAAA